CCCCCCACCACUCCUCCACGUGUCACCCCUUCUCCAUCUCCGCCCACCUUUUUGUCUCUCACACAUCAUCCUCCCACUACAGCCCUGUAUCUAUAUCUCCCAAUUUAAUCCCUCUUUCACCACUCUCGCCACUUGAACACACACAUAAAUAAUAUGAUCUCUUCAUAAUCAAUCUUCUUCUUCAACUUCACGCGACUACAACACACAUAUCAGCUACUGACAUGUCAGCGCAGGUCAACGAGUCAACGCCGGAGUAUGAGGACAACUGGAAGUUCCACGCGGUGGAGUUCGCCAAAGGCCUGGUGGAGAUGAGCGUUGAGUUCGGCAAAGCAGUUAGAGAUGUGAUUAAACAGAAUGUCAUCAAGGAGAAUUCGCUUAUCGUGCGAAAAUUAGGGCCGCCUGUUGACAAAAUUUGUACAAAAUUGAUGUUUCUCAAUGAGUAUUUGCCGGAAGAUCGCCAUCCGAUGCACUCCUGGUCCGUUAUCUUCUUCGUCUUCUUCUUCACUUUUGCCGCAUUAUAUAUGAAUUCUAAAAGUGAUGCAACCAGUCCUUUGAUUAAAAAGUUAUGUAUACAUCCCCCGAAUGCGACUCGUAUACUUUUACCGGAUGGUAGACGCAUCGCUUAUCUGGAGCAAGGUGUUCCGGCUGAAAUGGCUAGAUUUUCCCUGAUUGCUCCACAUGCUUUUCUGUCAUCCCGUCUUGCAGGAAUACCUGGUCUUGAGGUUUCACUAAUGCAAGAGUUUGGUGUUCGCUUGAUAACAUAUGACAUUCCGGGGUUCGGGGAAAGUGAUCCUCAUCCCAAUAGAAAUCUCAAAUCAUCAGCUGAUGAUAUGCUCCACUUGUCAUAUGCUGUGGGUGUCACUGACAAGUUUUGGGUGGUGGCAUACUCAAGUGGAAGCAUGCAUGCUUGGGCUGCACUUAAAUAUAUACCUGAUCGGCUUGCAGGUGCAUUCAUGGUUGCUCCAAUGAUUAAUCCAUAUGAACCAGGCAUGACCAAAGAUGAGAGACGCAGAACCUGGAAUAAGUGGACAGUUAAAAGGAAAAUAAUGUACAUCCUAGCUCGAAAAUUUCCCAGAAUUCUGCCCUACUUUUAUCGUCGAAGCUUUUUAUCUGGCAACCUGGGUCAAAUAGAUAAAUGGCUAUCAUUGUCGCUUGGAAAGAGGGAUAGAGAUUUUAUAGAGGGGCAAAUGUUUCAAGAAUUUUGGCAAAGGGAUGUGGAGGAAUCAGUUCGCCAAGGAAAUGCAAGACCAUAUAUGGAGGAAGCAAUCUUGCAAGUUUCAAGUUGGGGGUUCAGCCUAGUAGACCUGAAACUAAAAAAGAAACCCAAAAGGAAAGGCAUCCUCCACUGGCUCAAGACGACAUACGGUCAAGCUGAGGAUGAACUGACUGGCUUUGUUGGUCCGAUACAUAUAUGGCAGGGGAUGGAUGAUAUGGUUGUCCCACCAUCGAUGGUUGAUUUUACAGAGCGGAUUCUACCAGGAGCCAUGGUGCAUAAGCUCCUUAACCAUGGCCAUUUCACAUACUUCUACUUCUGCGAUGAAUGCCACAGACAGAUAUUCAAUACUGUGUUUGGAGACCCUCAAGGGCCAGUUGUCAUGUACUUGAAUGACAAAUCAGUAGUGCUCAAGGAUAGUGAUGAUGUCGAAGAGGUGACAAUUGAUUCACCGGAAAAUAAGAUAGCUUCAUUAGAGUAGUAAAAAUAUGAAUACACAACAGGUUUGCUCCACUGGAGCAGAAACGCGAUCCUGGUUAGCAUUUUUGGUCUUCGGGUUCGUUCCCAGAGUAUAUAGGUUGAAAAUUUGAAAACCCGGAACUUGUGGCAUAAAACAGGAAGACUACACAUCAGUUGUAAGUAACACAACGAACAUUUUACCUGUAAAGAAAUGUUUACCUCUAAAUUUCUGUGAUUGUAUUCAUA